ACAAGAUUAAAAUAGAUGUGGCUUGCAUAAGUGUAUCUCUAUUGACAAUAAACCAAUCCAUACCAUCGAACGGUUGUGUUUAAAUCUUUAUAUAAUAUUAAAAAUAAAUAAAAAGUUGAUAAUAAUCAUGAGUGUGUCUGAACCGUUGGUAUCAGUAGAUUUUGAAGUUUUCGGUAAAGUACAAGGUUUAUAUUUUACGAAAUAUUGUAAAGAAUUGUGCGAAGAGCUGGGUCUAGCUGGCUGGGUAAAGAACACGAAAAAAGGCACGAUCCAAGGUAAAAUUCAAGGAUUCAGAUCGCGGGUUGAACAAAUGAUAAUUUGGUUGUCCAACACCGGCUCACCUGGUUGUCAAAUAGAACGUUGUGACUUGUCCAACUGGCAAAACUCCUCUAAGUUUGAUUUUAAGGGAUUCAGCAUUAGAUUUUGAUUCUAUACUAUUAGUAUACUUGCCUGAAUUGUAAGUGAUAUUUUUUUUAAUAUGUAACCUUUGUAACUGAAUAAAAAUUGUAUUCAUCAAAACGA